AUGAAUACUUGGCGUCCGACUACACGUCUAUCUCGAUAUGCAGGAAAACUACUCAAGUCCCAGAGACGAGGGCUGGGACUGCUGGAAUUUAAUUCCCACAAGCUUCUGCGACAUUUCGACAUCCCAGUGCCGAAUGGACAUGUGGUGACGAAUGCAGAGGAAGCUCAGACUGUUGUAACGACCAUUCACGCGCCCUCGAUCCUCAAAGCCCAAGUGCUCGCCGGCGGCCGCGGGAAAGGCAAAUGCAGCAGCGACGGCAAAGGAGGAGUGCGCAUGGUCAACACGCAAGUACUCCCAACACAACACCUUCGACAAAAAGAAACCCACUCCACUCCAAGAACCCCUAAUCUAACCAGCAACCUACAACCCAGACCAAGCGAAGCCUUCGACAGCGCAAGCAAAAUGCUGGGCUACUACCUGACCACCAAACAAACACCCCCAGAAGGCCUUCUCGUAAAAAAGCUCUACAUCUACAAAGCCGUCGACGUCGCCCAAGAGCUCUACGUAGCCCUAACCUUCGACCGCGAACGCGGUAUGCCCGUCCUCCUAAUCUCCGACCACGGAGGCGUAAACAUCGAAGACGACGUCUCCCAGCUCCAAAAAUACUGGUUCCACAUGCCGCACGGGAUCGGGCCCGAGAUAACAGCCUACAUCCAAGCGCAGCUAGGCUUCUCGGACGCAGAGAUGGGCACGCUCUCGCACAUCCUGCGGCAGAUGGUGGAGCUAUUCGAAGAAAAGGACGCGACGCUGCUGGAGCUCAACCCGCUUGUGCGGACGCCGGAGGGCGACUUUGUGUGUCUGGAUGCGAAGUUUAGUUUUGAUAAUUCGGCGCGGUUUAGGCAGAAAGGCCUGUUUAGUCUUGAGGAGCGCUCGGAGGAGGAGGAGCUGGAGUUUGAGGCGGCGGAGCUGGGGCUUUCGUAUGUGCGGCUGGAUGGGGAUAUUGGGAAUAUUGUUAAUGGGGCGGGGCUGGCGAUGGCGACUAAUGAUUUGAUUGGGCUUUGUGGGGGGAAGUGUGCUAAUUUUUUGGAUGUUGGGGGUGGGGCGACGAAGGAGACUUUGUCGAAGGCUUUUGAGAUUCUGAAUAAUGAUGCGAGGAUAAGGGGGAUUUUGGUUAAUAUUUAUGGUGGAAUUGUUCGAUGCGAUAUGAUUGCUGAGUCGAUUAUUGCUGCUGCUGCUGAGAUGGGCGGGUUCAAGGUCCCGGUUGUUGUUCGAUUGCAGGGUACUAAUUCUGACAAGGGCUUGAAGCUGAUUGCGAACUCGAAUGCGGGAAACCUCACCGUGGAGCCGGACUUUGAGACUGCUGCUCAAACGAUCGUUCAACUGGCCGAGCUGGAGUCUCGGUAG